AUGCCGCCAUUAACAACCCUCAUACAGAACUGCACGGUUGUGACCUCGCUUAAGAGAGCUCGUCAGCUCCAUGCUCUGAUCCUUACAACCACAGUCUACACCAACGAUGCACUCUCUUCGUACAGAAACAACAACAUCGUGUCUAUGUACGGCCGAUGCGGCUCCAUCUGGGAAGCCCAGCAGGUGUUCGACCGAAUGCCUGUGAGAAACACUGUAUCCUAUAAUGCGCUUCUUGCAGCCUAUUCUAAAUCUCCCUGUCUUGGAAUGAGAUGUAUAGAGUUGUUUAAGGAUAUGGGAAGUGAAGGGCUGAGACCUGGUGGGUCGACUUUCGUCAGCUUACUGCAAGCUUGCUCUGCGCUCGACGAUUGGUUUAUGGGUUCUUCAAUUCACUGUCAAGUUUUUAAAUUUGGUGGGUCGGAUGAUGUCUCCAUUCAGACAUCAUUGCUUGGGAUGUACUCGAAAUUUGGGGAUUUGAAGUCUGCAUGCCAAAUUUUCGACGGGGUGGUUGUUAAAGAUGCGGUCAUGUGGACAGCCAUGAUGUUUAACCUCUUCAAGAAUGAGAAGUUACAUGAAGGGCUUCGUCUGUUCAAUUCCAUGUUGAAAUCUGAUGUCAGCCCUACUCAGUUCACAUACUCAACGGUGCUAAAUGCUUGUGCUAAACUGCGAGAAUACAUCGUUGGAAGGACGAUUCACUCUCGAGUUAUUGUUUCGGGUCUGCCACAUGAUUCAAAACUGCAGAACGCUUUGCUCGACAUGUAUUCCAGUUGUGGAGACAUUGGAACAGCUUUCGAUGUCUACAGUAGGAUCGAGGAACCAGAGUUAGUUUCCUGGAACUCUAUAAUAUCAGGAUGUGCAGAAAAUGGCGAGUCAAGAAAGGCAAUGGAAUUGUUUAUACAGUUACUGAGACUUUCGGUUCCUAAACCAGAUGAUUACACUCUGGCAGCCAUUAUUUCUGGAACUGGAGAUGACUAUGGGAAAGCUCUCCACACCCUGGUAGUGAAAAUGGGAUUAGAGAAGAAUGUCUUCGUAGGAACUACCUUGCUGUCAAUGUAUUUUAGAAACAGUGAUUCCGAGUCAGCACGAAAGGUCUUUUCUUUCAUCGAAGAGAAAGAUGUUGUUCUCUGGACUGAGAUGGUUAUGGGUCAUUCUAGAUUGGGCGAUGGGGAGACUGCAAUAAAAUCAUUCCGGGACAUGUGCAACGAUGGCCUAAGAAGGGACAGCUUUGCCUUCAGUGGAGGUCUGAGUGCAUGUGCCGAUCUGGCAACACUGAAACAAGGAGAGAUGAUUCACUCCCAGGCAAUAAAAACAGGAUGUGAUGUUGAAAUGAACGUCUGCGGAAGUCUCGUUCAUAUGUAUGCCAAAAAUGGUAAUCUGCAAGCUUCUCGGUCAGUGUUCUCCCAAUUUUGGCUCCCUGACUUAAAGUGCUGGAAUUCUCUGCUUGGUGGAUAUGGUCACCAUGGAAUGCCGGUGGAAACAUUGAAACUCUUCAAAGAGAUGCUAAAACAUGGCAUCCAGCCGGAUCAUGUGACAUUUCUGACCCUAUUGUCCGCUUGCAGCCAUGGCGGCUUGGUGGAGGAAGGAAUGAUGUUGUGGAAUUCCAUGAAGCAGAAAAGUGGGACUAUUACCCCAGGGCCUAACCAUUACUCCUGCAUGGUGAGUUUACUUUGCCGGGCAGGAUUGCUAGAGAAGGCCGAAGAGGUUAUACAAGAAUCAGCAGCAGCAUCUCAUUCAUUAGAGCACAACUUGGAGAUGUGGAGAACCCUACUGAGUGCUUGUGUGGAUAAGAGGAAUUUGGGAUUAGGAAUUCGAGCUGGGGAGGAGGUAUUGAGAUUGGAUAGUGAUGACAGUGCGACACAUGUUCUGGUCUCGAAUCUGUAUGCUGUUACAGGGAGAUGGGAUGGAGUUGCUGAUAUGAGAAAGAAGAUGAGAGGAAUGAUGCUGGAGAAAGAAGCUGGGCUAAGCUGGAUUGAAGCCCAGCAUGGUGGCAUUCAGGCAUUCACUUCUGAUGAUCAAACUAGUUCUGUGAUUAAUGAAGCUCAAUCAGAAGUAUGGAGAUUGCGAGGGAACAUGGGAAGGUCAGAAGUCGAUGAUCUUGAUGCCAAGGAUUGUUCUACGCAAGUGGUUGAAAAGGAGAUGUGUUGCUUGUUAUAUCCAUCCCAGCAAAGCAAUAGAUGA